AUGCCAGCUUUUUGCCAAAGAGCUGGAAGGCAGACCUUGCAGCUUUUUGUGGUACCUUGCGGUACCAUCGGGCGGUGCAAGAUCGCACGAGUGGAGCGUGCUUGCCUGCUCUUGCUGCUGUUGCUUUUGGAGCUCUCUCUCAGAACCUUUCGCAACUCCGCGCUCUCCGAGGUUCUCAUCCAUGACAAGUCCCGGGCCAGGUUCGUGCGAAAUGAGUGGAACUCCCUGGCCGUGCAGCUUGGCGCCGCUUCCUUCCACGUGCUGAUACCUGACCUGCACUCCGCUCCGGAAGUGCUUAGACCCGGAAAGUUGACGGGGGAGACUCUUCGCGAAGUGUUCGCCCGGACGCUGUGCUCACGGAAUCGCAUGAUUCCUGCGCGGUAUCAUUCCGUGAUCCGGCCGAAGGCCAUCGUCAUGGGGUCGUCGUGGGGGGCCGAUAUGGCAGCAGAGGUGGCAGCGCUGGAUGAUGUCGUGGCAGUGGCCCUGGUUACCCCGCAGAUAGGUGCGGAGCACCUUCGGUCACUUCAGAACAUCCAAGGUCGAGUAGUCAUCUCAGACCUUGAUCAUUAUUCUAUGUGCUAUGCUCCGGCACUUGUGGGUGGAGGUUUAGGCCCUACUGGAGGCCAUCUGCAAUGUGAUGCAGGCACCUACUUCUUCACGGAGUCGCCCAAGUUCUGCUGCAACAACCCCCGCAUCGACCUCAACGGCUCGACAGUGCUGGCGAAGAAAUCUCAACUUUGCGGCGACAUUCUGGCAAACUUCAAUGAGAACAGCCAGCAGAUCAAGUUUGUAAGAGGUCCGGCGGCCAAUGCCACGCAGGAGCAGCUAGACGUGCUGGCGACGGCUGGACGUGGUGACAUGGUCCCUACUGCCGUCGGGUUCAAGGCCGUCAAGAAGGACGAAGAAUGGCAACGUGUAACGCAAGCGAUUUGCCGGGGCGAUCGAGCCACGCUCAUCACCUGGACUCACGACGGCAAGGAGGACGAAUCACAGAAGGCGGAGCUUUGUCCGACAGGAACUGUUCCAGUCCAGGGAAGGGGGUACAUGUCCUUCGCGUGCGAUGGCCAUGUCAUCAAGGAGAGGCGCUACCAUUGCUGCAACGUGAACGGCCAACUGCAUUGCUCCCCGAGUCUGGUGGAUGCGACAUCCAUGGACCCACCAUGCGACUGCCACCAGAAUGAUGUUGCUGUCGCAUUGGCAAAAACUUCCCCUUCGACAGACGGCAAGGUACUUGACCUUGCCAGCGCCAAGCAGCAGAUCGAGUCAGCGGCGACAGGGCUCGAUAUUCAGUGGAUCGAAGCUGACGCUGACAGACAUGGGGUUAUCUCAAAUUUCGAGCUGCCCCUGGUGGAAUUCGCGGAAUCCGCACGAGAGCUCUUCGUUCAUGGUGGUGAGCUUUAA